CUUGCACCAUUAACUUAACUCUGCUUUUACCUCGAUUCUCAAGCAUAGUAGGCUUGUUGCAAUCCUCUUGUUCAUGAAGCUCAGGCACCUGCAUCAGUAAGAAACAAUGUCGAGUGCGUUAUGUCAAGAGCGCAAGCCUGUGAACGCUCUUACUCCUGUUGACCGACUUUUUGGAUGUGCAUACACCCGCUGCCAGCUUGCUUUCCAUACUACCGAAGCAAGUGGAUGCCUAACGGUUCUACGAGGGGGUUUCAAAUGCCUGUUGGCCAAGAUACCCUUCUUAUCUCAGGAAAUCGUUAUACCAGUGGGCUGUGAUAAUCUGGACAACGUCAAGUUCCAAUCAGCUAGUUCAACCAAUCUUGAUCGGCUCCUGAAGAUAAAAGAACAUGGCGAGUCUAUGCGAGAAGCUUUGGCGGAAGCAGGCAAAGAUAGGGCUAGAUUUGAAGAGAAAUUCAUGCCGAUAGGACUGGUACCUGACGUAACGGAGCCUUGUCCUAUACUAGUUGUCCAAGCGAAUCUGCAUCCGGACGGGGUGCUGCUAUCUGUCGCUGCAAACCACAUGGUCAUGGACGCAACUGGAAUGGGAACUGCGAUAGUAAUGUUCGCCGAUUGCUGUCGUCAAGUGGAACUGGGCAAGGACAUCGAUAUGUCCGUUUAUGCUGCUGAGCAAGACAUUGGCAAAGAAAUGCUCCUGCAUCGCUUGCCAGCUUAUAUCGGCGAAAGAGAAUUUCCCGAAUACCGGGUACACAAGGACCUUUAUGCCAAAUGGGGGAAGAUGACACAGAAUGUACAGAAUGAUUCUUUCUCCAUCCGCACGAAGAACUUCAAGAUCGCGGCAAAGGAUGUUAAUGCACUAAAAGGCUGCUGCAAUGAGCUCCUCCCGCAUUUACUUGUUGAUGAGGGCCACAGCGUUGGAGAGGAGGAAUCUCAUGACAAGCCGUGGGUUUCCAGCAGCGAUGUGGUGAUCGCUCUGAUCUGGCUGUCACUGACCCGUGCACGAUAUCCUGGGCUGGCGGCGGAUAAUUGCAACUCUCAUUCGAAGCGUCAAGCAGGAGAACCCGCCUAUGUUGGCGUUGGAGUGCCUGUCGAUAUUCGUCAUCGCGUCACACCUCCACUUCCUACGUCAUAUCUGGGCAACGCAGCCAUCCUUAUGUUGGUCAACCAACCUCUCCAAACCUUUGCUUCCCACGAAUGGAUGAGAACACUCUGCCGUGUGGCGUAUGGUAUUCGCUGUGGGCUUAGUCGUAUGGACAAUGAUUACAUCCGGAGCCUUCUUCAUUAUGUUCAAAACGGAAAGUCUCCUGUCAUUUUCUCAUUCGACGUAGCCAAUUUCUAUGUGAGUAACUGGCGGAACAUGAACUUCUACAACGCCGACUUUGGAUCGAAGAUGGGGAGGCCUCAGCACGUCAGGAAUCCUGACUCCGCCACUGAUGGAGUUGUCUUCAUUAUGCCUAAACGCCCCCAUUCAGAAUCCCCGUGGGAAGUUCAGGUAUCUUUUAAUGAUGAGGUACUACAGCGGCUAGAGCGCGAUAGCAUGUGGACGAAGUACAUGCUUCAGGACUCAUACUGUUCAUGAUCACUCUCUAUGGUAUACGUUACAGGGCUUAUCCACCAUAGUUUAGCCGGAUGACCCAGCGUGAUUCAGCAAGCUUUCGUUGGCUUCGGGAAAAUCAACAGGAAUAUAACUAUAGGUAGAUCCAUCAC